AUGGGGGCCGCAAGCUCGAUUGAAAACUCAGAGGAAGGCAUCCUGGUCGAGUCAUUCCGCUGUCAUGAAUGCGAUUACAAGUGGAAUCAAAAGGCAGACCUCGAUCACGAGUGCCCGUCAUGUGGAGGAGACUUUGUAGAGCGGAUCAGCGUCGGACUGAUGCAGAAUCGUCCAAGGCAUCUUCGAGUCAACGAGGAGGCUAUAGAGCAGGCAGUGGCUGCUGCUGUGGCUGCAGGGGAAGGAGAGGAUAGACUAACAGUGCAAGAGCUGAUGUUGAACAUAGCACAGUUCGGGUUGAGCGCCGACGACGGAACGAGGAGCGAAAUUCAGUCGGAAGACCCCGAGCUGAGGGAGGCAAUCGAGCGAUCAAUCGCCGAGACUGAAGGAAACCUUCGACUUCCUCCUCCUGCCUCCCAGAAAGCCAUGGCUACCUUAAAGACCAAGAAGUAUGCGGGUGAGACGUUCCAUCGGCAGGAGGCGACAUGCGCAGUCUGCAGGUGGACCGAGGACUACAAGUAUGGGGAAGAGCUUCUUUUCAUGCCGUGUGAGCACGUGUUCCACAAGGCUUGUUUGCUCCCCUGGCUCAAAUCGACCAACUCCUGCCCGGUCUGCCGCAUGACGCUCGAGACGGACGAUGAGAAGUAUGAGGAGACGCGAGUGAGGAUGAGCAAGACGGGAAAUAAGUGA